AUGAUCCUUAAUAUUGUCUCGAUUGCCGGCACGCUUCCAAUGGUUGUUGCUUUUGUGAUGCUAGCAGUGCUGCUAAUAAUGCAUUCAAAAUCAUUUCAUCCAUUAUUCACCGCUUCCUUCAGCUCAUUGGUAAUAUCUUAUGCUAUAUGUAAUCUGUUUGUGGUGAGCAAAUCAAUAAUUGAACAAUUCGAUGAGCAUCACCCGUUAAUCGAUAUCAUCGACUAUUUAUAUUUAUGGUCAUAUUGCUAUAUUCAGCCUUGUGUUGUUGUUGGUUUAUUAGAAACAUUAACAGCUACAAUUUUUGCUAGCAAAUAUGAGAAUUCGAGGCAUUGGGUCAUAUUUUUUCUGCUACAAGUGUUAAGCUGCUUAAUUAUUCUCUUUUAUGUUAAUCGCCGGCUAUCUUUCAACUCUAGACAUAAAUCCGCCUUGACAGUGAGGUACCAAUUAACAGAAAAUGUCAAAGCUUUACGAAUAUUUGUACCAUUUGUUAUUAUUGAUAAUUGCAUUUCACUUAUGUAUGUAUUUUCAUCAAUCUUCUUCAACGUCGAUGUAAAUUUCGAUAUUGAAUCAUGUCGAAAAUAUGCGAGCUAUAUGGUCAUGUUUUUCGUUUUCCGCAUAAUUUUGAUCCUUGCUCAAUUCUCAAUGCCCGUUAUAGUUGUCAAAUUGCAUUCGUCAAUGUGGUCUCGUGUUCAGAAUUAUUGCCGAAAACCCGAAAAUGAGCAGAACAAGGUUUUAAAGAUCAACAAUGUACUUGGAAUGGAUGUUGCUGGUAUCGAAACCGAUUAUUUCACACAGUUACAAACAUAUUGGGCGCAAAUAAAAUAG